GGGCGGCGGGCGCGGCGCUUCCGGAGCUGCGCGCCGGCUCGCGCUCCCCGCCUCCAGGUGCGGCGGCCGCGGCGCGCCGGCCCCACUGACAGCGCCGCCCGCGCGGCCGCCUCCCGGCAUCAAACGCGGUGCGGGCAACCGGCGGGGACUGGGAAGGAGGAGGCCCCGCUCCUGGAACAGACGGGUGAGGAACGAUCGAGCUGGCCAGGAGGGAACCCAGCGCCCAGGCUCCCCGUCUGCCUCUCCGCGCCUCCCCAGCUCUGCUGCCCGCGCUCGGGGCGAGUCCCGGGGGCCGCGGUGGGCCGGGUGGUGGGGCCGGGGCCAGGGCGGGGGUACUUCUCAGGCUGGGCCGGGGUUUUCCGGCAUCUUUCUGGGUAAAUUUCCAGAGCGCAAAGUGUUAGGCUCCGAUUUCUGCCCCUUGGAUUUCUCUCCCGCAUGUGGGCGUCUAAAAGGAAACCAGAAGCGGGCUUAAGGACAUAAAACAGUCACUGUGGAGAAAAUACAUUUUGAGAUAAGUAACAGGAGCAAAACCACUACAGAAGUGCCCCCCUUCUGUGUGUUUAUUUCACUGUACUGCUUCUUGUAACUCUGCCCGUAAUGAAGCCACCAUUAUGUCCUCAGUCAGUGAAGUAAAUGUGGAUAUCAAAGAUUUCCUAAUGAGCAUUAAUUUGGAGCAGUACCUCCUACGCUUCCGCGAGUUUGGUUUUAAUAAUGUGAUGGACUGCACAGGGAUAAAUGACAGCGUGCUGCUCAAAGUUGGAAUAUCACCUACGGGACACAGGAGGAGGAUACUUAAACAGUUACAGAUAAUCUUGUCAAAAAUGCAAGAUAUCCCAGUCUAUGCAAAUGUUCACAAAGCAAAGAAGAGUGAUGAGACCUCAGACGAUCACCAUGCUCCGCCUUCUGAUCAGAACCGCUGCGUAGAACUUUCAGAUUCACAUGGUGUUCCCACGCCUAGCCCAGUGCCGUCGGAGCCUGUUACAAAAAAUCUGGAUCAGAAUGAGGCUAGCGUGGAAAAUAGCCAGUCUCUUAAAUCAGAUGAUAAGCUGACUCUUCCUACACAUAACUUGCCUCUUCCAGAAGAGGAACCACACUUGAAUUCAGGUUCUUUUCAAGAUUCUUUGUUUGGUAGUGAAAUUACUGAGGUAGAAUCUUUGAUGGACAAAAAGCCUAUGGACUGUACCACCGAAGAAGAACAAACAGAGGUUGAUUUAAUGUCAGAAAAUAUGAGCAAGCUUCCUCAUGCAGACUCUGAAUUCCUUUCUACCCCUGGCUGUUCACUAUCAGAGGCACAUUCUGGAAAUGAAACUAAUGGUUUAUUAGAAAGAUCACCACCACCUUCAUUCUUUCAGUUUCAAGGAGAAAUGGUUGUAAAUGAUUUGUAUGUUCCAUCAUCACCAGUUGUAACACCUGUAAGAAGCCAAAGCAAGUUGGUUUCAGGACCAUCUCGAUCUUUUCUGCUAAGACAUCGGCCUGUACCAGAGAUUCCAGGGUCAAAAACAGGAAUUUCAGGGAGCUAUUUCCAUGAGAGAAGAAAUGUUCCUACCUCAACUGGCAGAUCUGUGACACAGCAAAAUUCAAAUGAGGAGAAUUCAUCUUCCAUUUUACCCUAUGGAGAGACCUUUCUCUUCCAGAAACUAGAAAAUUCUAAGAAGAAAUCUAUAAAGAAUGAAUUUUGGAUGCAUGAAGAAACACCAAAAGGGGAGACAACUACUGAAAGAAGUUCAUUUUUUGUCAAAUCAAGCAUAUAUGAUAACAGGACAGAGAAUAUAACUGAAGACAAGGUGGAAGAUAUUUGGAUACCUCGACAGGACAAAAACAAUCUUCCUAUAGACUCUGCUUCAGAAUCAGAAUAUUCAACAGUAGAAGAAUGUUUUCAGAGUUUAAGAAGAAAAAAUUCAAAGCCAUCUAAAUCUCGGACCCAAAAAGCAUUGAAUUUGGACCCUGUUAAUAGGCACAGUUAUCCACUAAGUUCAACAAGUGGAAAUGCUGAUUCAUCCAUCAUUUCUUCAAAUGUAAUAUCUCCUUAUGCCUGUUUUUAUGGAUCUUCUGUAAAGAAGGUUAAAUCUGGAUGGCUAGACAAACUCUGUCCCCAAGGAAAACGCAUGUUUCAGAAGAGAUGGGUGAAAUUUGACGGUGUUAGCAUUUCUUACUACAAUAAUGAUAAGGAGAAGUAUUCAAAAGGAAUAAUUCCCCUUUCUGCUAUAUCUACAGUACGAGUUCAAGGAGACAACAAAUUUGAAGUUGUUACAACACAGAGAACUUUUGUUUUUAGAGUAGAAAAAGAAGAGGAGAGAAAUGACUGGAUCAGCAUACUGUUAAAUGCACUGAAAUUACAGGCCCUUUCCUCACAGUCUCAAGCAGCUGUUGCACCUGAGAAAUGUGGAUAUCUUGAACUGAGAGGUUAUAAAGCCAAAAUUUUUACUGUGUUAAGUGGGAACAGUGUGUGGCUCUGCAAAAAUGAACAGGAUUUUAAGAGCGGACUUGGUAUUACCAUAAUUCCUAUGAAUGUAGCAAAUGUAAAGCAAGUAGAUCGAACUGCGAAACAGUCUUUUGAAAUAAUCACUCCUUAUAGGAGUUUUAGCUUUACAGCCGAGUCUGAAAAAGAGAAACAAGAGUGGAUUGAAGCUGUGCAGCAAUCAAUAGCAGAGACUCUCUCUGAUUAUGAAGUCGCUGAGAAGAUUUGGUUCAAUGAGUCCAACAGGAGCUGUGCAGAUUGUAAAGCCCCGGAUCCUGACUGGGCAUCCAUCAAUCUCUGCGUAGUCAUCUGUAAGAAGUGCGCAGGGCAACAUAGAUCUUUAGGACCAAAAGAUUCCAAGGUUAGAAGUCUAAAAAUGGAUGCCAGCAUUUGGAGCAAUGAACUCAUUGAGCUUUUUAUUGUCAUUGGAAACAAAAGAGCAAAUGACUUUUGGGCUGGUAAUCUUCAAAAAGAGGAAGAAUUACACGUGGACUCUCCAGUAGAAAAGAGAAAAAACUUUAUCACUCAGAAGUACAAAGAGGGAAGAUUCAGGAAAACCCUCUUGGCAUCUCUCACCAAGGAAGAGUUAAAUAAGGCUCUGUGUGCUGCCGUGGUGAAACCGGAUGUUCUGGAAACAAUGGCUUUGCUGUUCAGUGGAGCAGAUGUUAUGUGUGCAACAGGUGAUCCUGAGCAUAGCACCCCCUAUCUGCUGGCUAAGAAGGCAGGGCAGAGUCUGCAGAUGGAAUUUCUCUACCAUAACAAAUUCUCAGAUUUCCCUCAACACGACAUACAUUCUGAAGGUGGAUUAAGUCAAGAGUCCUCCCCAUCCAUGUUCCUCUGUGACUUUUUGUAUCAGGCUCCAGCUGCUGCUUCUAAACUCUCUUCAGAAAAAAAACUGCUUGAAGAGACGAAUAAAAAGUGGUGUGUUUUGGAAGGAGGCUUCUUGAGUUACUAUGAAAGUGAUAAGUCUACCACCCCUAAUGGCACCAUUAAUAUCAAUGAUGUUAUCUGCCUGGCUGUAAACAAAGAAGACUUCUGCAUAAAUACUGGGCCCAUCUUUACCUUUGAGAUCUAUUUACCUUCAGAACGUGCAUUUUUAUUUGGAGCUGAAACAUCCCAAGCUCAGAGAAAAUGGACAGAAGCAAUAGCCAAGCAUUUUGUUCCCUUUGUUGCUGAAAACUUAACAGAAGCUGACUAUGAUUUGAUUGGUCAACUCUACUACAAAGACUGCCAUGCCCUGGAUCAGUGGAGAAAAGGCUGGUUUGCUAUGGACAAAUCUAGUUUGCGUUUUUGCCUUCAAAUGCAAGAAGGUCAGGAGGAUAGAAUGAACUUAAGAAGACUGCAAGAACUAACAAUUAGCACAAUGGUUCAAAAUGGAGAAAAACUGGAUGUCUUGCUCUUGGUAGAAAAAGGGAGAACAUUAUACAUCCAUGGGCAUACCAAGUUGGAUUUCACAGUCUGGCAUAUUGCAAUUGAAAAAGCAGCAGGUACAGAUGGUAAUGCAUUACAAGAUCAGCAGCUCAGCAAAAAUGACGUUCCCAUUAUCGUGAACAGCUGUAUAGCAUUUGUUACACAGUAUGGUUUGGGGUGCAAAUAUAUCUAUCAAAAGAAUGGUGAUCCUCUGCACAUAAGUGAACUCCUGGAGAGUUUCAAAAAGGAUGCAAGAAGCUUUAAAUUGAGGGCUGGAAAACAUCAGCUUGAAGAUGUGACGGGCGUGUUGAAGUGUUUUCUCUCUGACAUUGAUGAUGCACUUCUUACCAAGGAGCUCUAUCCAUAUUGGAUCUCUGCCUUAGAUACCCAAGAUGACAAGGAAAGAAUAAAAAAGUAUGGAGCCUUUAUACGUACUCUUCCUGGGGUCAACCGAGCAACAUUGGCAGCUCUAAUUGAACACCUUUACAGGGUUCAGAAAUGUUCAGAAAUCAAUCACAUGAACGCCCAUAAUUUGGCCUUGGUCUUUUCCUCCUGUUUGUUUCAAACUAAGGGACAAACUAGUGAAGAAGUGAAUGUCAUCGAGGAUCUAAUUAAUAAUUAUGUUGAAAUAUUUGAGGUUAAAGAAGACCAAGUCAAACAAAUGGACAUAGAAAAUAGCUUUAUUACCAAGUGGAAAGACACUCAAGUUUCCCAGGCUGGAGAUUUGUUAAUUGAAGUAUAUGUAGAAAGGAAGGAACCUGACUGCAGUAUUAUAAUCCGGAUAUCUCCUGUGAUGGAAGCAGAAGAAUUAACUACUGAUAUAUUAGCGAUAAAAAAUAUAAUUCCUAUGAAAGAUGAUAUCUGGGCCACAUUUGAAGUCAUAGAAAAUGAAGAGCUUGAACGCCCUCUUCACUACACAGAAAAUGUGUUGGAACAGGUGCUUCGGUGGAGUUCCUUAGCUGAACCUGGAGCUGCUUAUCUUGUGGUGAAGAGAUUCUUGACCAUUGACACAAUUAAGCACUAUAAUGAGAGGAAGACCCUGGAAAAUAUCAAAGAAGGAGUCUUGAAAAUCAAAGAAGAACCGUCUAAAAUACUGUCUGGAAAUAAGUUUCAAGACCGGUAUUUUAUUUUACGAGAUGCGUAUCUCUUUCUUUACAAGGAUCUGAAGAGCAGUAAACCUGAUAAAAUGCUUUCUGUCAGCUCAAUGAAGUUUUAUCUUGGAGUGAAAAAGAAGAUGAAGCCUCCAACAAGUUGGGGAUUGACAGCAUAUUCUGAAAAACAUCACUGGCACCUGUGUUGUGAUAGUUCACAAACUCAGAUGGAGUGGAUGGCCUAUGUCUUUAUUGCCCAGCAUGAAAAUGAUUUAUGGCCACCAGCUGGAAAGGAACGAAAACGUUCUAUAACCAAAAAUCCCAAAAUCGGAGGUUUGCCUCUAAUUCCCAUCCAGCAUGAAAGAAAUGCAACCCAAGCCCGGAGAGAGAUCGAGAGUGCAAGAGCAGAAUUGGAAAGACUGAGGCUCGGCGCAAAGCAUGAACUAGAGCUUGGGGAUGGGACCUUAAAGGAGAGAGCCUCUCUCGUGGCUCAGUGCCUGGAGCACAAGGAUGAGAAACUUCGAAAUCGAACCAGAAAACAUCGGAGUUUCAACUGUCUAGAGGACACGGAGACUGAGGUCUUUCAAGGGCAAGAGAAAAGCCAUAAAGGUGUAAAGACAUUGAGGAAAACUGAAGACAGGAAUGGCAAAGCUACUUUGGACUCUAAUAAUAAGUUACCACCAAAGGUCAUUGAAGAGCUUAGUGUGGUUCUACAGCGGUCAAGAAUCCUUGCAAAAGAGUUACAGGGUGAGCAGAUUGUGCAGAAGGAAAUAAAGUGACUUGUCUUGCACAUUUUUUUUUAAUGUGUACAGUGUUUGCAAACCAGAAACCAAACUAUAAGAUAAUUCAUGGCUGGCUAUCCUUAACCAUUUAAAGAGCAUUUAAAAAUAUGUAUGUAUAUAUGUGAUAAGUGUAAGAUUAACUGUUUUGGCCUGAAUAAAGCUUGUACAGUUCAGCUGUAUUAACCUUGUGUAGGAAGGCCUUGGGUCACUUGAGUGGCCAACCUUUUGAAGUAAUAGUUGACCCUGAACAUGGGGUGGGGGUUGGUAUGUUAAUCCUUGUAUAAUUUAUAAUUGACACUUUGUAUCCAAAAUUCCUCUGUAUUUGGGGAUUCAAACAAUUGCAGAUAAUGUAGUAUAGUAUUUACUAUUGAAAAAUAUUCACAUAAAAGUUCAAACCUGCAUUGUUCAAGGGUCAACUGUAGUUGUCUGUUCAGUGGUGUAAAUUUAUGAGCAGAAAUUGCAAACUGUAAUGUAUUGUAUAAAAUGGUGUGUUUAAAUGAAGCCUAUGAAACUAUAUGUAACACAUUUUGCACUUUGAGAUACCUUGUAUAUAAAGUUACCAUAUGUUUUUAGGUUUACAUAGGGUCCACCUGAGGGAAAUGAAAGGGAAGAACCUUGAAAAAGGGGAGGAUUUAUUUAGUGGCUGCUUAUCAAACAACACUGGGCUUUUAAAAAGAAGAAAAGUGUUAACAAAUGUCUUAAAAACCAAGGAGGUCAGCUGAGAUUCAUUUCUAGUUCACUCUUAAUCAACACUUGUUCAUGAGAAACUGCAUGUUAGGGAAAAAGUCUAGAGAGUAAGAAUUUCCCAAGAGUAGUAUUCAGCCAACAAACAUGAAUUAUGGCACUGACCACACUUACUUAAGGCGUCAGUGAACCAGCCACAGUAAAUCUCCAUUCACUACACUUCAGUUCUUUGCAGGUGGCUGCUGAGAGGAAACUUAACACUGCAUUGAAGAGACUGUGUGCACAGGACCCAGCAUAUAUGCCACUUGCACUGUUGCUGUAUACCUGCAAGUUUUUUUAUUUAGAGUUCCUUACUGCCGGUAUGGUACAAGCAACAUUCAUCAUCGCAGGGUUUUGUUAUUUUUUAUUUGAUUUUUUUUCUUGGUAUUGUUUCACUUUGUAUGUUCAUUUAUUUUUAGUAAGAUUGUAAUGUCUUCUCUGCAAAGUCAGAAUUAUUGGAAGCAUAUAACAUUUGGCCAUUUGGGAGUAGCGGUUAGAGUAACUCUACUUUGGGGGGUUUCCAGUUCCCUUUUAGUCUUUUGUUUCUUUUUCUUUUUCUUUCUUUCUUUUCUUUCUUCUCCAUAUGCCUAAUGACUGAGCCCUCUAUUUUUGUUUCUACAUGAAGAGCAGCAACUGACUUGGCUAUUUUCUUCAGACAGAUGAUACUAUCUAAUUAUAAUUCAUAUUAAGGGCAGCACUUUUCAUCAGAUUCUUUAAAAUUUUGUUAGGUCUGGUAAGGUCUUUUUUUUCCUCCACACUCAUAACAUGCAGAAGUUCUUGAGCCACGGACAGAAGUUGAGCCAUAGCAAUGACAAUGCCAGAUCCUUAAAUGCUCGGCCACCAGGAAACUCCAAUUAGGUCUGGUGAGUUUUGAUUAAAGUUAGUAGCCAAACUGUAUUCCAACCAUUUCCUUUUUUUCUCCAUUUUUCAGGUUGCUUAUCAAAACUGGUCUGUAUAAAAAGUCCCUUACUUCAGUCGGUCCAAUCAUAGUGCAGUAAUAUGCGGUUAAAAGCUAUGAAUUUCUUCAUUGUAAAAUACUGAUCACUUGUAUCUGGUGGUGAUAAAAUAGUUUACCACAGGUAUGUGAUAUUUAUUCUUUAAAUCCACAUAGAUUGGAAUUUUUUUAAAGAAUGAAACUGCUGGUCAGUUUAUGAGAUAGAUGGCACUACUGAGGAGACAUCAUUUAAAGCAAGAAAUCAUGGUAUUUAGGAAAAGAUAUAAAAUAAACUUAUUUCUAAUAAAUGACAAUAUGUUUUAUGAAAUCAGGAGACAUGAAAAUUAUGUUUGACAGUGUUGGACAAUGGGAAAGUAAAUAGAAAUUUUUAAUAUGCCUUAUCUGAAUACUUUUAAAACUUGAGAUUAAAAAUCUGAAAACUUGUUUCCCCUUCCUUUCCUGUACAAUUGUCUCCAUUUUUUCAAGUGUAAAGGCUAAUGACAUCUCAUAUAUUUUGAGUAAAAAUUAAAAUUGUUUUACAAGUCCACCUGAA